CAUACGGAGCGAUUCAUAUCUGGAGGAAGAGAAAUUUGAUGAUCGGGAUGAGGAUGACGAGGAGUUGGAGACCGAAGGAAGCAUUGACCACGAGAUGGGAAGCUCAUUUGGUAGCCCACUGGAUGCUGAUGUGACGGGGCAAGAUCUGGAUGAUGAACCCCACCCGGCCUCCAGCCUGAACCCUGCUCCGCUGAACUUCCCAAACCCGCCGCCUCAAGUUACAGAUGUCAUGUCUCUCAGCUGUCCCCACCGCCACAACGACGAGGGUUCUACUGAUCAGCCUGCCCAAAUAGCUGCACCAAACAUAUCCAAACACAACAUAUUAAACCAGUUUGCAGAGGUUAUGUUGGCCGACAUGCGUCAGAUUAAAGACCCUAUGGUGCUAAUGAGACUUCGCCGAGAUAUCACCGACCUGGUGUUCAAAGCGGUGGAGGAGGACGUGCAGAGACAAUGCAAUCGAGUCCCGCCCAUGUCUAAACCAGGGGAGAGUGUGCAGUUCCACAGCUGUUCCACGGCCCAACAGGCAUCCUCACAAACAAACUACUCUUGGAGGCAGAGGUUUCUGAAGAGAAGGAACAAGGGGUUUGAAAUUGGAAGGAGGAUACAGAGAUGGGAGGAGAUGAAACACGUGAGGCGAAUGUCCAGGAGUCAGUUAGUGCAGCCCGGCAUCCAGCAAGGCCCAGUGCUGGAGGGGAUGGGUGAAAACAGCUCUCCAGUUAUUAUUCAAGCUUCUGAGAUCAAAAGAGAGAACGAGCCUGGGAACAUGGUUAAGAUUGAAGAGGAGACACUUUUAUCUGCUUGACAUUUUUGAUACAGGGUUGCCACUGUUUUCCCUGAUUACAGACAUCUCAGUCAGUAAGUGUAGGUUAGAACACUUCUUAAGACUUGGAACACUUAAAUCAGUCAUUCAACAGUAAAUGAUAACAGUAGCAAACAGAUACUGACAAGCAUUGGUCUUGUAAAUUAUUCACCAGACAGAAGUCCUGACAGUUGUAACAUAUUAACACUUAGUAGAACUAUGCAGAUAAUUUCAAUCCAUGUUGAUGCUAGUAGGCCUAAAAGACAAUGGGAAUAGAAUAAAGAGGUAUCAGAAGACUUAGGACACUACAAUACCACGGACAGCAUAUAACAGAAAACAAAGCAGAGAGACUUUUCUGCUUUUUCAAACACAAGAUGUCUAGUUUCUAAUGGAUUACACCUUUCAAAACAAUUCAGACUAAUUGAUAGUUAGUCUGUAGUAUUUAUCGUUGUUUUUUAACAUGGGAGUACAUUUUCAGCCUGGAAAGUGUUACAGAUCAUUCUGAGCUGUAAGCACAAGGCAGUGGAUGCUGUGUGACCCAACUCAAAUAGAAGAAGCUUGAUGAUUUUUUUUUAUGUUCUGCUCCUAUAAAAAAGAAAAUAUAUGUUUUCACUUUUGUUGUGUGUGU